CCCGUGUGACGCAAAGCGCGUUGAGACCAGAUGGCAUCACUUCCGUGUUGACUUGUCACGUAAACUUCACUUCUUUACACCACGCUGUGUCCACUCCUGUUACAGUUCUUCUCACCAACUUUCAAACAUGGCGUGCAAGGUUGUGGACCUGGAAGCGAGCUUGGAGUCUGUUCCUCUCGUCGCCCUGAACGUGACCGUGAGGAGUAAGUUGGGACUUUACUUAAACCCUAAGAACACAGUGGCGGCAGACUGGAUGGCUGUUGCGGAGGCCAUGGGCUACACUUAUCUGGAGAUCCAGAACUUUGAAAGGACAAGAAGUCCUACAAGAACUAUUCUGGACGACUGGCAGGCUCGAUCUACAGAUGCGACUGUAGGGAAGCUGUUGUCUAUCCUGACGGAGGUGGAGAGAAAGGACAUUGUGGAGGACCUCCGUACUUUGAUUGAUGAAGAUGUAAGAAAAUAUUGGGAGAAUCUGAAGAAGAACACUAAGCCCCCGGACCAGGUUCAUGAGGUUGACAGCUGUGUCCCUUGGCCCACCACAGAGGGGUUUGGUAUCACUCUGGAGGAUGAAGAAGGUGCUCCUGAGCUGUUUGACGCCUUCAUUUGCUACGACCACAGCGACUUUAAUUUCGUCCAAAAGAUGAUCCAGGAGCUGGAGCAGACAGAGUGCAAGCUGAAGCUGUGUGUGUUUGAUAGAGAUGUUCUCCCGGGCUCCUGUGUCUGGACCAUCACUAGUGAGCUCAUCGAGAAAAGGUGUAAGAGGAUGGUGGUGGUGAUUUCCGAUGAAUACCUUGACAGUGAUGCCUGUGACUUUCAGACCAAGUUUGCUCUCAGUCUCUGUCCUGGAGCUCGAAAUAAACGGCUUAUCCCAGUGGUAUACAAGCCAAUGAAAAAGCAGUUCCCAAGCAUCUUACGCUUCCUCACCAUAUGUGACUACACUCGGCCAUGCACACAGACCUGGUUCUGGAAACGGCUGGCUAAAGCUCUCUCACUUCCAUAAUCAUGGACUGAACAGUGGAUUGUGUUUGACAGGUGCAUUUUUAUUCCUCAAAAGGGAAUUUUGGACAAUUGCCAAAAUUAAAAGUGGCCAUAUGCAAUGUUGCUUGUGAGUCCCACCCUGCUGGUGUAUAAAUCUACUUUUUGAUGAAUACAUAAAAUAAUCCUCCUGCUUGUGUUGCCCCUGAAAAGAUGGUGGUUUCUGAAUGUUAUCACAAAGGAACUCAAGCUGCACAAGGACAACAAAUACCAGCAAAGUUCUCCCUGCACAUUCCGUUUUUGUUAUUUUCUAAAAUGUGACUUAUUGUAUAAAAAUAAUAUGUAUUUGAGGCAACAUGUACUAACUUAUGAGUAAAUGCUGCGGUCUUUCUGAGCAGGCUACUUCCUUUUAUGAGUCAACCUUUAGAGGAAGAUGAAGCUAAAGAGGAAGAGGAAGUGAUAUUUCCAUUGUGAUACUUUCACAAGUUUAACUUUACUGUCUGCUGCCACCUGCUUACUUGCAUUUUGAAAUCACCAUGAUGCCUGGUACCAUGACUUUUACAUUUUUUAUGAUGUAUUUUUUAAUGAAAAUGUCAUAUAUCUUGUACGAAUUGUUUAAAUAUGAUUUAUACGCAAUAAAUUUAUUUUAUUUUA